CAUAAGAAGCUAAGUGCGCACACCGGCGAGCUGAUGACCUCGCAAAAGGCAAAGCGCGUUAUGCCCUGCGAAUCUUCUGACGCAUCCGUCACCGACUUUCGGAAGCAAAGUCGCUCGUCCACACCAUCUCAUGCGACAAAACGCAGAAGGGUGAAGAAUCCGCGAGUGAAGCAAGCAUCCGAGAAUCAAGUGCAGGAAUCGGCGUCCCCGGGCAACAUGGCGUUAACCGAAACGCUGGGAGGCAGCAGUGGACACAGCGCUGUUAAGGAUCCCACCGAAGUCCUCCACGACGCCCAAACGAAAGAGACCCCGGAAGACAAGGCGCUAGAGAGCAGCCAAGCUCCCCAAGACGGCAGCGAAGAAGUCGUUCGAGCUUGCAACGACCCCGACGUCUCGAAGAAAUCGACAAUCUCUCAGUCAUCGACGACUACACCGCCACAAAAUCUGUCCAAGCAGGCUGCUCUGGGACAGUCUUCCACGAUCGACCACGCCUCGCGCAAUGCUCUCCAUGGGAAAGCUGAUCCCGCUGUUCUCAGCACAGAGCGCUCGGUGGUAGAGCAGGGACAAGCCAGGGCCGGUUCUGCAGGCGGCGCCAGCGAUGUGCUGGUCAGGGAGCUAGGGAGACGCGAGCCGUGGGGAAGCGGACCAACGGAGCCUGACGAGCAACGUGGGCUCCAUGUACAAACGUCUCCGGCCUCCUCUUCGUGCGACCUAGGAUUUCAGGAGGAAGGAACGCUCCACAAGCUCCAAUCGCCGAGACGCUCGACUUCGCUACCGUUAGCCGAUUCACCCGAUCGAAUGCUAGGCAAGCUCAACACGGCGAGGCAGUCGACGUCGAUGCCUAUGAUGGAAUCGUACGAUCGACGAAGUGUUCGGUUCGAGCAACCAUGCCAGGACGUCUCGGAGACCAGAAAGAAAUCCCGGCGCAAAUACAGCCUCUUCCCUUGGGCGUGGCUCGGUUCCCGGACCAGCAGUGGUUCGGCAUUAACGUUCACGACCUCGACGCCCAACUCGCAGCUGCGGUUAUCCCGGAGCGUUCCCUACACGCCACACAUCCGCAGCCGCAGAGGGGCGAAGCCGUUCUGCAGGCCAUGCACAGCCAUGGUUGUCUGUAGCGCCGUGCUGCUGUUGGUGGCGCUGAUUGCCGGCAUGCUGAUCGCCGGCUGGCGACUCGGUGCAGCGGCCGUGUGCCGCACCAAACCCUGCCUCGAGUACGCGCGUCUACUCGCCGACUCGGUCAACACGUCGGUGAACCCCUGCGCGGGCUUCACGCGAUUCGUGUGCUCCGGAUGGAGGCGACGCAACCGGCUGUCCGUUCACGACGAGUGGAUGAUGUCCGACCUGAGCCGCUUGUCCAAACUCCUGCGCUCCGUGCGCGUGCCGCGCCAGCGUCAGGACGCGCUCCAAAGGGCUGCAGCGUUCCUGCGCAGCUGCGAGGCUGUGCGAAAUGGCGACGUGGACGAAAUGCCUAAGGUGAAGGCGGCGCUGCUGGAAGCAGGUAUCGUGUGGCCUCUCCUGCCCGGAGACUCGGACCCGGUGGACGUUCUUCGCACGUGGCUGCACACCUGCCUGAGGCUCCGCUGGAGCAGCGUUCUGGACGUUUCCAUCCGGCGUGACACAAACACCACCGUGAUCUUCCUGGAACCACUCCGAGAGUUCCUCCGCAUCGCCGAAAGGCACGAAAAGUGGGCCCAUGAUGUGGAGGAAGCCCAACGCUACUUCGAGACUCUCAGGCGGGAGUUUCUCAACGUUACCGAGUCGCCGGCGAACGACACCGAAGGCACCGUGAGCUUUUCCGCCACCAACCAGAUGGAUACGAUGUACCUGCGCGCCCUACAAGAGACAACGGGCUUUCUUUCGAAUUACAGCACGCUCGACCCAGCGGAGAUAUUCGGCACCGUGCCGAGCCUGACGCGGGAGCGAUGGCUGGCGGAGCUUAGCCGCAACGGUGUCGACGUCUCGGAGGACAUCGUCUUUGCGUCGACCAAGCCGGGUUUCGUGAGAACGUUUCUAGCGCUAUGGAAGCACCGCGGCGAGCGAGAGAUGCACCUGUUCCUCUCCUGGUGCACCGUCCAGACGGUCGCGCUGUACGCGAACCGUCGUCUGCUGGUCAACUUCUACGAACGCGAAAGCAGCGCCAACGUGUACCACGCAGCCCUCUGCCUCAGCAAGGCGUACCUGCUGUGUGGCAGUGACCUGUUUGUCAAGUACUUCCAGGAUGUGCUCUCGGAGCCGGAGUUGCGCGCCGCCCAGCGGGUGGUAGCUGGUACCCGCCACGCGUUCGCGAGCCGACUAGAGCGGUGGCAGUACAGGGAUGAUAACAUAAGCCUGGUUGAGGACUGGCAUUCAACCGACAUCGCCCUCGGAUACUUCGACCCACUCUAUCAGCAAUAUCCAGGCCUGCAGCAGACGGCGGGGGCCACGUGCACGCGAGACCUGGGCGACUCCCUGGUGGACAACAUGCGGUUGGCCUCGAUGGGUCACGUGCCGGAGGCCCACCGUUGGGUGUCCGAGCAGAUAGAGCACGCCGAUUGGUUCGUGCUGAUGCCGGGAAAGGACCUCGCACUGCUGCCGUACGCGCUCACCUUUCCGUGGCUCAGCGAGGUUGGCACGCUGUUCAUGAACCACGGUGGACUCGGAGGCCACGUCGCCUGGGCACUCAGCGCGCUGUUCCUCAGCGGCUACGCCAGAUCUCGGGACGCUGUCCAGGCCAUCAUUCGGGUCAUCGAAAGUGCCAACAAAGCCAGCCGCCCGAGCGACGUUGGUGGUCCCGACAGGAUCGUCCAAAUCUUGCGCACGCUGGCCUUGGACGUGUCGUACGACGCGUACCGCGCUGCCGGCGCGGUUGAGGGCGACGAGCACCUCGAAGGAUUUGAGGGCUACGGCGCUGCCGCGAUGUUCUUCAUCGCAUCGUGUUACGCUCUGUGUCGGGGAAGCGACACCGUGCUGCCCUUCGCCGGCGCCGAGUGUGACGAGACAUUCCGCAACGUUGAGGGCUUCGGCAACGCUUUUGGAUGCGAACUGGGCAGUGCGAUGAAUCCCUCCAACAAGACGGCGCUUAUGUGAAGUUUGUGCGUGCGCCUAAAAGACGCGUCUUCCGGUUUGGUUAGUGGGUGGCACAAAUGUUUUGCUGAUUUUCUAUUUAAUUCUACGCUCUUGAUGCCAGAAUUGCUCAUUACCUAACUAUUUUUUUUGCUGUAUUUAAGUAUGGCUAAUGCAUCCAGGCUUGAAUGUCCUGAAAGACUUGAGGUAGCUACGCAGAAAGCACGAGGAGAUGUAAAAUUUUAUUUUUCCAAUGUUCCUUGCACAUUGUUUUUGCGUAGUUCACUGAUUGAACACGCUAUACAUUCUGCUGCAGUUCUCGUAUAGCACCUCGAACUCGUCAUAGUAGCUUGUGUGCCUUAUUCAAAACUUAAAAGACACAGUUUGAAUGAAAUAGAAGAUAAAAUUGGCACGCAGAGCUG